AUGGCAUUUUCUGAACUCCUGGACCAAGUGGGUGGCCUGGGCAGGUUCCAGGUUCUCCAGAUGGUGGCUCUGGUGGUCCCCAUCGUGUGGCUCACCACUCAGGGCAUGCUGGAGAACUUCUCGGCCGCCGUGCCCAGCCACCGAUGCUGGGUGCCCCUCCUGGACAACAGCACUGGCCAGGCCAGUGUCCCCGGGGCCCUGGGCCCCAAGGACCUCCUGACCGUCUCCAUCCCCCCGGGCCCCAACCAUGAGCCCCACCAGUGUCGCCGCUUCCGCCAACCACAGUGGCAGCUCCUGGACCCCAACGCCACGGCCACCAACUGGAGCGAGGCUGCCACAGAGCCGUGCAUGGACGGCUGGGUCUACGACCGCAGCACCUUCACCUCCACCAUUGUGGCCAAGUGGGACCUGGUGUGUGACUCCCACGCCCUAAAGCCCAUGGCCCAGUCCAUCUACCUGUCUGGGAUCCUGGUGGGAGCUGCAGUGUGCGGCCACAUCUCCGACAGGUUUGGGCGCAGGCUGGUGCUGACCUGGAACUACCUUCAGAUGGCCAUGUCGGGCACGGCUGCCGCCUUCGCCCCCACCUACUCCGUGUACUGCCUGUUCCGCUUCCUGGCGGCCUUCGGCGUGGCGGGCGUCAUGAUGAACACCAGCACGCUCCUGAUGGAGUGGACGUCGGCGCGCGCCCGAGCCUUGGCGAUGACCUUGAACUCCCUGGGCUUUAGCUUCGGCCAGGUCCUGAUGGCUGCCGUGGCCUACGGUGUGCGGGACUGGGCCCUGUUGCAGCUGGUGGUCUCUGCCCCCUUCUUCCUCUGCUUUGUGUACUCCUGGUGGCUGGCAGAGUCGGCCCGAUGGCUCCUCAUCACAGGCAGGCUGGAGCGGGGCCUGCAGGAGCUGCGGAGGGUGGCUGCCAUCAACAGGAAGAGGGUGGUGGAGGGCACGCUGACCACCGAGGUCUUGCUCUCAGCCAUGCAGGAGGAGCUGAGUGUGGGCCAGGCCCCUGCCAGCCUGGGUGCCCUGUUCUGCACGCCUGGGCUGCCCCUCCGGACUGGCAUCUCCACUUUGUGCUGGUUCGCCUUUGGCUUCACCUUCUACGGCCUGGCCCUGGACCUGCAGGCCCUAGACAGCAACAUCUUCCUGCUCCAGGUCCUCAUUGGGGUCGUGGACAUUCCGGCCAAGAUAGGCUCCCUGCUGCUGCUGAGCCGUCUGGGCCGCCGGCCCACCCAGGUGGGGUCCCUGGUGCUGUCGGGGCUCUGCAUCCUGGCCAACACGCUGGUGCCUUACGAGAUGGGGGCCCUGCGUUCAGCCCUCGCCGUGCUGGGGCUCGGGGGCCUGGGGGCCGCCUUCACCUGCUUCAGCAUCUACACGGGUGAGCUCUUCCCCACCGUGCUCAGGAUGACCACGGUGGGCCUGGGCCAGAUGGCAGCCCGAGUGGGAGCGAUCCUGGGGCCUCUGGUCCGGCUGCUGGCUGUCCACGGCCGCUGGCUGCCCCUGCUGGUAUACGGGGGGGUGCCAGUCCUUAGUGGCCUGGCUGCCCUCCUGCUCCCAGAGACUCAGAGCCUGCCGCUGCCUGACACCAUUCAAGAUGUGCAGAACCAGGCGGUAAAGAAGGCGACACACAACACCCCGGGGCCCACUGUCCUAGAAUCCACACACUUCUAAGCCCCCCAGGAAUUCUGCGAGGCGAAGCUGGGAGGAGC